GACGGCCUACAAAUUUGUGUUGAAAUAUGUGGUUGUGCUCUACAACUCGAUCUUCAUGAUGAUCCCAAAACUAAAUGUUUAAUUUAUAAAACAAUUGCACAUUUUUUGCCAAAUGAUUUGGAGAUCCUCAGGAUUUGUGCACUCUCAAUAUUUUUUCUUGAGCGCUCCUUGGAAGCUUAUCAUACUGUUGAAGAGCUUUACAAACGUCCAGAUGAGGAAUAUAACGAAGGCACAAGUAGUGUUCAAAAUCGUGUUCGUUUUGAAUUACUUCCAAUUUUGAAAAAGGGAUUGUUUUUUGAUCCCGAAUUCUGGAACUUCGUAAUGAUUAAGAAAAACUGUGUAGCAUUAUUGAGUGAUAAAUCAGCAGUUAGAUUUCUAAAUGAAAGUACACUGGAAAAUUCUACAGGUAAUCUAAAAAAGGCGGUGCAACAGCAAGGUUUAGAUGAAGGGCUGGACUCUGUUACAGAUCAGAGCACUGGAGAGCUUGAUCCUGAUGAUAUAUCUAGAGUGCAACCUAAGGGUCACAUUAAUAAGAAAAAUCUUAUGGCUCUUAAUGUUUCCAGAGUAGAUCACAAUGUCCCAAGGCAUCGGUGUAUGUUAUGUAACAAGGAAUUUCUAGGUGGUCACAUUGUAAGGCAUGCCCAGGCUCAUCAGAAAAAGGGUAGUUUUUCAUGUGUAAUAUGUGGUAGGAAAUUUAGGAACAGAGGACUUAUGCAGAAGCAUUUAAAGAAUCAUGUUAAGAAAAUACAAAGACAGCAAAUUGCUGCAGCUCAACAAGAGGAUCAGGAAAUUCCUGCUUUGGAAGAAAUAAAUUGUUCUGAUACUUUCAUUUCAUUUGAAAAUGGGAAUUCUGGUAAUAAAGAUUUGGAAAUAGAGACAAUUACUGCUUCCAGUGAUGGAAACAAAGAAGUCAUCCCUGCACAUGUGGCUGAAUUCAUUGAAAUUCCCGUAAGUGUAUCGGAAGAUGUUAUUGAGAACAUGAUUGAAAAUGGAAGUCCUGAUACUUCUUUAAAUAAUGUCUCAGAGCCUUUGCCUGUCUGUGAGGAUGACUACGAGGAGGAAGAGGAUGAAGAAGGUGAUUACGAAGACGACGAUUAUGACCUGAAUCAAGAAACUUCAGUACUUCAUAAAAUCAAUGGAACUGUGUGCCAUCCAAAAGACAUAUAUGCUACAGAUCAAGAAGGAAACUUUAAGUGCCCUGCUCUUGGUUGUGUCAGGAUAUUUAAAAGAAUUGGCUUUCUAAAUAAACACGCAAGGACUGUACAUCCAACUGAUUUAAAUGUGCGGCAAACAGUAAUGAAGUGGAGCAAAGGAAAAUGCAAAUUCUGUCAGAGGCAAUUUGAAGAUUCUCAACAUUUUAUAGAUCACCUUAAUAGACACAGCUAUCCAAAUGUGUACUUUUGUUUGCAUUUUAAUUGCAACGAGUCGUUUAAGUUGCCAUUCCAGCUUGCUCAGCAUACAAAAAGUCACAGGAUAUUUCAAGCUCAGUGUAGUUUUCCAGAAUGCCAUGAGCUUUUUGAAGAUCUUCCUCUGCUAUAUGAACAUGAGGCUCAGCACUAUUUAAGUAAAACACCAGAAUCAUCUGCACAACCAAGUGAAACAAUUCUUUGGGAUGUUCUUACAGACUCAAAUCCUAAUCAUCAGGAAAAAGACUCAUCUAGUAAUGAGAAACAAACUAUUAGUCUGCCAGUUUCUACUAGCAAAUCAAGGAAAGAUUCCACAGAACCAAAGACAUGUACAGAAAGUAUGGAAAAGAAAACAGAUGGUUUAGUUCAGAAUGGAAAUGAACAUUCUGAUGACACUGUUUCUGAUAUAAGCUUGACAGACCAAAAGAUGCCUGACAUAGAGCCAAAUUCUGAAAAUAAUUGUAGUAUUAGUGAUUUAGUCAAUGGACACAGUGGAAUAGAGCAGACACCUUUAGUUUCGUCAGAUCCUGCUUUGAAAACUGAUGCAAAUAGAAUCAGGACAGAAAACGGUUCCAUUUUACCUAGUGUUGUACCACAAGAACAUAAUACCCUGCCAGUAUCUCAGGCACCUUCCAAACCAAAUCUGACGAGUGAACAUACUUCAUAUGGCUUAAUUUUAACAAAGCCAUAUGUCAGACCACUGCCUCCCAGUUACCUGGAUGAACGGUACCUUAGUAUGCCAAAACGCAGAAAAUUUCUGACUGAUAGAGUAGAUGCCUGUUCUGAUCAAGAUAACGUUUGUAAAAAAUCCGUGAAAAGAUUAAGAUGUGGCAAAUGCCUGACCACCUACUGUAAUGCAGAAGCACUUGAGGCUCACCUUGCACAAAAGAAAUGUCAGACACUCUUUGGAUUUGAUUCAGAUGAUGAAAGUGCCUGAUAAAAAUGUUACAGAAAGAUCUGUCGAUCAAGCAGUAGUGCGAAAAAAGCACUGCAAGAAAUUGCAUCAUCAGUUUGCUAUUUUCCUGAUGGCCUUAAUUUUCAAGCGGUCUUGGAUUACUAAAGAUAAAGACAAAGCACAUUUUCUAGAAUGAACUCAGAGAGGAGAUGUGCUGGUUUAGACUCCAAAAGGGUUAUUACAAAACUCCCAAAGUACCAGUUAUCCAGAAAACCACAUUUCUUUAAAAAGUUGAUGACUUAAUGCAGCAUGUUCAGUUUCACUUACGUGAGAAACAUGUUCAGGCAACUAGUCAGAAAGAAAAACCAGCUAUGGCCUUACAGAAAGGGAAAAGUUAAUCCAUUUUUAAAAAAAGGGGAGGGGUUUAUUGUUUACAAUAAACAACUUGAAGUAUUCUACAAAUGAGAUUUGUUUUCUUGUCAUGCAUAAUCAGAUUAUAUCCUCCCUUCUCUUCAAACAUGGUUUAAAGAACUUUUGCUAUUUGGUUUAUUAUAAUUUAGAAACUGAUACAUGAAAAUAAAACUUGAUUUAUCACCAUGCUAUCCAUAAAAGAUUGUAACUUGUUUCCAAGAUGAUUGAUUAGGACAGAGUUCAAUGAAUGUUAUGCCAGCAUUGGAAAUUAAAAAA